ACUUUACACGGUGGCCGUAUGGAUAACUGGUAUCGUGUGUGUGUGUGUCAAUCAAUGAAAAAAAAAAUAAGAUGAAUAAAAUCAGCUCAAUUUGUAGAUCGUCUAUCAGAUUCCUUAAAUUUUCAAUUAGAGAUUAUCAUGGAGAACGGAUUGCAACCGUCGGGUCUGCACCCGACAAACAUUCUACACAGUACACGGAUAAUUAUGCAAAGAUGCAAGAGCUAGUAAAGGAAUUAAAACAGAAGGUUAGCGUGAUUACGCAAGGAGGCGGCGCAAAAUAUAUUGAGAGACAGAUUUCCCAGGGGAAGAUGCUGGCAAGGGAUCGAAUCACAAACUUAUUGGAUCCAGGUUCUCCUUUUCUGGAGCUCUCUCAGCUUGCCGGUUAUCAACUAUAUGGAAGUGAGGAAGUGCCAGCCGGAGGGAUAAUCACUGGCAUAGGCAGAGUUUCCGGGGUUGAAUGUAUGAUAGUGGCAAAUGAUGCUACAGUGAAGGCUGGGACCUAUUAUCCUAUCACUGUUAAAAAGCAUCUAAGAGCACAAGAUAUAGCAAGAGAAAACAAUUUACCAUGUAUAUACCUCGUUGAUUCUGGUGGUGCUAAUCUACCUAGACAGGAUGAAGUGUUCCCAGAUAGAGAUAACUUUGGCAGAAUCUUCUUCAACCAAGCAACACUCUCCAGUAUGGGAAUACCACAGAUUGCGGUUGUGAUGGGAAGCUGUACAGCGGGUGGUGCCUAUGUCCCAGCAAUGGCAGAUGAGAGUAUCAUAGUCAAGAAGCAUGGCACAAUAUUUCUAGCAGGGCCACCAUUGGUCAAAGCAGCCACAGGUGAGGAAGUGUCUGCAGAGGAUCUUGGAGGGGCUGAUUUGCAUUGCAGGACAUCUGGAGUAACAGACCAUUAUGCCCAAAAUGACCAGCAUGCAUUGCACUUGGCGAGAAGGAUUGUCGCAAACCUAAACAGACAAAGUAAAUCCAAUGUAAGCAUACAGAAACCAGAAGAACCUCUUUUCCCUAUAGAAGAACUGUAUGGUAUUGUGUCAACGGACUUCAGCAAAGUUUAUGAUAUACGAGAAGUGAUCAGCAGAAUUGUUGAUGGUAGCGUGUUUGAUGAAUUUAAACAAAUGUAUGGCGAUACAAUAGUUACAGGUUUUGCUCGUAUAUUUGGCUACCCUGUUGGAAUUUUAGCAAAUAAUGGUGUACUAUAUUCAUCUUCAUCACUCAAAGCAGCUCAUUUUAUAGAACUUUGCUGUCAGCGCAAUAUUCCACUUCUAUUUUUGCAAAACAUUACCGGUUUUAUGGUUGGGAAGGAGGCUGAAGCUGGGGGAAUUGCCAAGAAUGGUGCUAAGUUAGUGACAGCAGUGUCGUGUGCUAAAGUACCCAAGAUUACGCUGAUUGUAGGGGGAUCAUUUGGAGCUGGUAACUAUGGAAUGUGUGGUAGAGCUUAUGGACCAAGGUUUCUAUACAUGUGGCCAAAUGCACGGAUCUCGGUAAUGGGCGGAAAGCAAGCAGCCUUGGUGCUAUCACAGGUCAUGAAAGCACAGCGUAAACGGGAGGGAAAAGAGUUCACAGCAGAAGAAGAGGAACAGUUGAUGAAACCAAUCCUAGAAAAGUAUGACAAAGAAGGAAGCCCAUAUCAUUCAAGUGCAAGGCUUUGGGACGAUGGAGUUAUAGACCCUGCUGAUACUAGAACAGUUCUUGGUCUCAGUCUGAGUGCUGCUCUCAAUGCCCCUAUAAGUGAUACACGAUUUGGAGUCUUCCGCAUGUAGUGAACACCACCAACAGGAAAUACAUUGACUAUAUAGAGAUAGCAUCUGCAUUAUCAAUGGACAUUGAACAGAUUUGAAGUCUUCAAUUAUUGAAGAAAUAUGGACAAUGGUCAUUUUAAACAGUAGGGAGUUUUUGAUUGAGAUGACAAUGUAACCCAGAAUGGAUUCUCAUGUCCCUGACCAUUCUGUGCAUUAUAUUAACAUUAUAUCAAUCCAUUGAAAUAAAUUGAGAGAGACAGUAAAUGUAAUGUUGCUCUACUAACAUAUCUUGAAUGACAAGUGUGGUAAUGUUUCUAAAAUAGAUGAAAUAAUGAAGUUUCUUUGAAGCUUCAAGAAUCCUGAAACUACUCACAGGGUAUUUAAUUUGAAACCCUUUUUCCCCUUAAGUCUGGGGAUAUUUAUACAAAUCAUGAUUGUGGACUUGCACUUCAAUUUUUACAACCGAUUCUUCUUUUCAUCACUAUUUAUUAUUCAUCCAUAUCCAUGUUAAUGUAAGAAUUUCCAAAGAAUAAAAAUAUAUGUACAUAAUAUAACAUUUCAAAA